AUGUACAAAUUGAAACAGACUGAUCGAUGUCUCACUUUCUACAACGGAACCAAGGUAGAGCCUUUAGGUAUUUUGAAUGCUAAUGUUGAAUUUAAAAGAAUUGUAACUAAUAUGAAUUUUUAUGUCUUUAAAAACGGUGGCCCACCAAUAUUGGGUAGAGAUUUCUUGAAUAUAUACAAUAUUGGCUUUUCAAAUUUGAAUUUCAUGAAUGAAAGAAUUAAUAUUAAAACAAAUGCUCUGAUAAAUCAAUUCUCGAAUCUCUUUUCUGAAGGAGUAGGAUUAUUCAAUAAGUCAAGCUUAAGUUUAAAGUUGAAAAAUACCAAUGUUACUCCUAAAUUCCAUAAGGCCCGUCCUAUUCCAUAUGCUUUAAAAUCGCCAGUCGAAGCUGAAAUUAAUCGCCUUCUUUCACUAGGUAUCAUCUCACCGGUAGACUAUAGUCAGUGGGGCACUCCGGUAGUACCAGUGUUGAAGAAAAAUGGUGCAGUCAGACUUUGUGGAGAUAACAAGGUGACAAUAAACCCCCACAUUGAAAUAGAUCAACAUCCAUUACCAAGAAUUCAAGAUCUGUUUGGUUGUCUACAGGGAGGAGUUCAAUUUUCCAAAUUAGACUUAUCAGACGCGUAUCAACAAGUAGGUUUGGAUGAUGAUUAGCAUUGCUAAAUGUAAAUUUUUUCAAGAUUCAAUUGAAUAUUUGGGAUAUAAAAUUGAUAAGGAAGGUCUUCACACAAGUGAGAAUAAAGUCGCGGCAAGUUUGAAAGUCCAGAAACCAAGUAACAUAACUGAAUUAAAAUCAUUUUUAGGUAUGGUAAAUUAUUAUGGAAAAUUUAUCCGAAAUAUUUCUUCAAUUUUAUAUCCAUUACAUAGUUUGUUGAGAAAGGAUGUAAAAUGGUCGAAAGAUUGUGACCAAGCUUUUGACAGAAUCAAGUUAUUGCUUAGUUCAACAGAAGUUUUGGUACAUUUCAAUCCUGAAUUAGAUAUCAGAUUAACAGUAGACGCUAGUUCACACGGCUUAGGGGCUAUUUUAAGCCAUCAAUACCCAUCAGGAAUUGAAAAACCAAUAGCUUAUGCUUCAAGGUCACUUUCAAAAAGUGAAAAAAAUUAUAGUCAGAUAGAAAGAGAAGGUUUAGCUAUUAUUUUUGGCGUACAUAAGUUUCAUCAAUAUCUUUAUGCAAAAAAAUUUAAGUUGAUUACAGAUAAUAAACCUCUGAUGACGAUUUUCGGACAAAACAAGCCAAUCCCUCAAUUUUCUGCUAAUAGGUUGGAGCGUUGGGCUGUGAUUCUAUCGAAUUACCAAUACGAAGUCGAAUACGUCAAAUCGGAGAAUAAUAUUGUCAUGCGUUAAACUCCCCACUUAAUCUUGUUGAUCCUAAUUGUUCUCCGUUGUAAAAAGCAGUUCAGUUGUAUUGUAGCAAAUGAAAGAUUAAAAGUAUACGUCAUA